GUCAUCCUAAAGUCUCUUCCGGGUGUUUCCUUUAGCCGAACUGUGGACCAAGACAGCAAAUUAACGAAGCCUUUCUUUUACAUUUUAAUCCUUAGAUUUGCAAAAAUGAAUCGUAUUUUUGGAAAAGGUAAAGCCAAAGGUCCGCCACCGAACUUGUCGGACUGCAUAGGAAACGUUGAUUCUCGGGCUGAGUCUGUUGACAAGAAAAUCGCCAGACUAGAUGCAGAACUAGUCAAGUACAAGGAUCAGAUGAAAAAGAUGAGAGAUGGGCCUUCAAAGAACAUGGUGAAGCAAAAAGCUAUGAGAGUUCUGAAACAAAAGAGAAUGUAUGAGGGCCAGAGAGAUAACCUCAUGCAGCAGUCGUUCAACAUGGAACAGGCAAACUACACCAUCCAAACCCUCCAAGACACUAAAACUACAGUUGAUGCCAUGAAAACUGGUCUCAAAGACAUGAAGAAAGCAUACAAGAAUGUGAAAAUCGAUAAGAUUGAGGAUCUCCAAGAUCAGCUGGAGGACAUGAUGGAAGAUGCCAAUGAUAUUCAAGAGGCACUGGGCAGGAGCUACGGCACCCCUGACAUAGAUGAGGAUGACUUGGAAGCAGAGCUGGAUGCUCUGGGAGAUGAGCUCCUGAUGGAUGAUGACAGCUCCUACCUGGAUGAGGCUGCGACUGCUCCUUCCAUCCCAGAGGGUGUGCCCGGCGACAAGUCGACCAAUAGGGACGGGGUCCUUGUGGAUGAGUUUGGCCUUCCUCAGAUUCCUGCUACAUAAAGGAGCAAUUUGAAGACGAUAUGCUAGUUUUACAUGUAUCAUAACCUGUUUUUUGUAUUUAUCCAACUAUCUUGGCCUUAGAGCUCAACAAAAACCAAAGCUUCUUCUGUCUGGAAACUGUAACAAAAUAUCAGGCAUCUUUGAUUCAAGUUGAUUAUUAUUAUUCUUCGACUGAGCUUGUCUCUGUCUAACGAAUUGUAGGUAUUGGGAUUCUCUUAACUUUGUACAGUUUCUGCAUCAACAAAAUAAAUUAUAUUUUCAAAACAAGAAA